AUGAACAGAAUUAGAUUGUUUAGUACCACCACCUCUCUUUGUAGAGCAGGUUAUAGUACAGUCGAACCAGUUCAUCAUUUAGUUCCUAUAAGGAAAUCAGCAUUAAAACCAGGCUACAAAGAACUUUUAAUACCAAAAGAUGAUAUUAGAUCUGUUGGUUAUAAACCAAAGAACAUUCAACAUGAUAGAGUUAAUGAUUAUUAUGAAAAUCAAUUAAAAAGUGACUUAAUGUUAAGAUUAUAUGAACAUGAUUCAGAAACUGUCAUCGGAUCAAAAUUAAGACCUUGGGAAACUGAUUCACCUUAUAAAUUAUACAGAAGAGCUCGUAAACCAAAAGGUUUCUAUAGACCACAAAAAGAUAUUAAACCAGUCACUUUCAAGAAUGUUCCUGAAUUAACUUCUAUCAGUAUAAAUUUAUACAGUAAAGAAGCCUUGGAAGAAUCUUGGGUUAAUAUUUCCACCCGUUUACAAAUCGCUCAAAUCACCAAUGCUAAACCAAAAAGAAUCUAUAAUAAAUCAAAUGUUUUACCUUGGAAAGUCAGACAAGGUAAACCUUGUGGAUGUAAAGUUGAAUUAGUUGAGGAAGAUAUGACUCAAUUUUUAUCAACAUUGACUGAAUUAGUCUUACCAAGAAUCAGAACUUUCAAAGGUAUAAGUAAAAAAUCUGGUGAUAAGAAUGGUAACAUCACAUUUGGUUUAAAUCCGGAUGAUAUUAAAUUCUUCCCUGAAAUAGAAAAUUUCCAAGAUUUAUAUCCUAACUUGUUUGGAUUCCACAUCACUUUUAAGACUUCAGCCAGAACUGAUGACCAAGCUAGAUUAUUAUUAAGUAGUUUAGGUCUCCCAUUCAAUUAA